UGCUCCCCGGCCGGGGCCGAAAUCGACCUUGUGAGUCCCUCGCGGGCGAACCAGGCCACAACAGAUAGUAGGUGGGUGGUGUCCCAAGGUGCAACUCACCGCCGCGCUGGCUCAGCGUGGCGGUGAGGAUGCACAGACGGUGGUAGUGGCGAGAGGUGUAUGUGGACCUUGUCCCCGCGGCAGCAAUGCAAAGCGGCAAACUUCACCUGGUAACCACCGUCGCGGAAAACGUGGCCCACGAAGCUGGAGGAGCAGAGAGAUUCGUAAAAACCACGCGAGUAAGCACCGUUCGCGGGAGAAGGGAGAUAACCGCGGGCGACGCGGGGGGGGAGUGCUGCACCCUCCUCGUCCAAACACCACAGGCAAGCACCGAGCCCUGCAAAGAUGGAUCGAUGCGAAGAAACUCGCCGCUCGGAUUAAACGGAAGAAAACACCCCCCCAGCGCGAGGCGGACCGAGAGCGACAGGAGAUCGCAGCGGGCGUGAAGGCGACCGCGAAGAAGAAGGCACGGGAGGGCGAUUUAUCGUUCGGCACGUUCA